UCCUAUCCGGUCCGGUUUUUAGACACUGUUGUCUGUAUUUUCGAAGGAAAACUUUCGUCUUCGUCAGUGAUUUUGGGGAGACUGGGGAGACUGGGGUGACGACUGACGAGUGCGGAGUGAAAGCAGAAGCAUUUUCGUUGGAGAGUUGGAGGGACAGCCAUGGAAAAGCCUCUUGUAAUGCUCGAUAAGGGCACAAAUUGUUCUUCCUGGAACUACUGUGGCCAGAGAUUGGCGACGGGAUUGUUGGAUGGAACACUUGUGAUUUUUGAUUCUCUCGAACCAGAUUCCUCGACCUUCACCUGCACGUCAAGAACUAAGGCACAUGGAGCAAGUAUUACAAAAGUUAUUUGGGUUCCUCCAGAGUAUGGUGAUGCAGUUGCAUGCAUUUGUGCAGAUGGAACAUUAUUGCUAUGGGAGGAAGUUGAGGAAGGCCCACAACUUCUAAAAUGGAAGCUGUGCAAGCUCUUUGAAAGCAAUGCAACUCAGGUGCUGGAUGUCCAAUUCGGAAUUUCCCUUACAAGUUUGAAAAUGGUUGUUGCAUAUUCAGAUGGCCAUGUUAAGGUUUAUGAGCUGCUGGACCCAUUGUUACUUAAUAAAUGGCAACUUCAGGCGGAAUUCCAGAAUGUAAUUGAUUCAGUAGCCAUGUGUGGGAAGGCGUCAUGUUUGUCUGCAUCCAUCUCUUGGAAUCCUCAAAUAAGUGAAAGCCAUCAUUCAAGUUUUGUUCUGGGUUUUAAUUCAGAUCUACCACAAUUCAACUCGUCCAAGGUUUGGGAAUUUGAUGAGGCUCAUCAACGGUGGCUGCCAGUUGCAGAGUUAGCUUUGCCUGGAGACAAGGGUGAUCAGGUUUAUGCAGUUGCAUGGGCACCCAAUAUUGGGAGGCCAUAUGAGGUCAUAGCUGUUGCAACAUGCAAGGGGAUUGCACUAUGGCAUCUGGGAUUGAACGCUGACACAGAGGGAAGGCUUUCUGUUGAGAAGGUUGCAUUGCUCUCUGGUCAUGAAGGCGAGGUUUGGCAAAUGGAGUGGGACAUGAGUGGAAUGACUCUGGCAACAACAGGAAGUGACGGGGUAGUCAGAUUGUGGCAGUCUAAUCUCAACGGUGUAUGGCAUGAACAAGCUGCCCUUGUGUCCACCUCGUAGAACCUCUUUCCCAUUCAAUAUAUUUCAAUGGCUUUGUCCCAUUCAAUUGAAAAUGUAAAGAACCUAGCUCAGCAGUAUGUUAGGCAAAAAACUCCACCAAAUGUUUGGAGUGGAUACCGCUGGAAAAUAAGAGCAAGUUCUUGAAGAAACAGUUGUCAUUUCUAGCCUAUUUGUGAAGGAGAUAUUAACAUAUUCGUUGUCACCUCUUACUCUUCAAGAGCGCCUUCGUUUUGACUUCAAAGUUUGUUUGGUUAGUGAGGAAGUGGACGGAAGGUCGGAAGCUUCAAACUCCAUGUGAUUGCUAGAGUUAGAAAUUCAAAUAGCCAUCAUCUCUCCACGGUGUUGCUGGGGGUUGGAGUGUAACUGUCUCUCCAAUUGUUGGAUGCCACCUUUGAAAUCUAUAAAUCGAAAUGCAGGUUUACAGUUUA